AGUCCUUGAUUCUGUGUGGGUUCAAACACAUUUCAAAGCUUCAGGAUCCUGAAAGGUUUCACUCUGCUUCCUGAAGACCUGAACACUGCUCCCAUAAAGCCAUGGCUUGCUUUGGAUUCCGGAGGCAUGGGGCUCAGCUGGACCUGGCUUCUAGGACCUGGCCCUGCACUGCUCUGUUUUCUCUUCUCUUUAUCCCCGUCUUCUCCAAAGGGAUGCAUGUGGCCCAGCCUGCAGUGGUGCUGGCCAGCAGCCGAGGUGUCGCCAGCUUCGUGUGUGAAUAUGGGUCUUCAGGCAAUGCCGCCGAAGUCCGAGUGACUGUGCUGAGGCAGACUGGCAGCCAGAUGACUGAAGUCUGUGCUGCGACAUACACAGUGGAGAAUGAGUUGGCCUUCCUAGAUGAUUCCACCUGCACUGGCAUCUCCAGCGGAAACAAAGUGAACCUCACCAUCCAAGGGUUGAGGGCCAUGGACACGGGACUCUACAUCUGCAAGGUGGAGCUCAUGUACCCACCACCCUACUAUGCAGGCAUGGGCAAUGGAACCCAGAUUUAUGUCAUCGAUCCUGAACCUUGCCCAGAUUCUGACUUCCUUCUCUGGAUCCUCGCAGCAGUCAGUUCAGGAUUGUUUUUUUAUAGCUUCCUUAUCACAGCUGUUUCUUUGAGCAAAAUGCUAAAGAAAAGAAGCCCUCUUACUACAGGGGUCUAUGUGAAAAUGCCCCCAACAGAGCCAGAAUGUGAAAAGCAAUUUCAGCCUUAUUUUAUUCCCAUCAAUUGACACACCGUUAUGAAGAAGGAAGAACAUUGUCCAAUUUCUAAGAGCUGAGGCAAUUCUACCUUUUUGCUAUCCAGCUAUGUUGCUUAUUUGUGUAUUUUGGGGGGGGAUUCAUCUCUCUUUAAUAUAAAGCUGGAUGCAAAAUCCAGAUGAAGUGUACUACAAUUUGAAGCAAAGGUGCAGGAAAACAGAGCCAGGAUGUUUCUGUCACAUCAGAUCCAAUUUUAGUAAAAGCAUCACUCGGGAGCAAUAUAGGGAUGCAGUCUUAUGUUGUAGGUGAAGGAUAUGGGUUAGGGGGUGGUGCUGUCCAAAGAAUACAAAGGAAGAGAGUUAGGGAGAGGAUGAUAUUGUACACACUUUGUAUUUACACAUGAGAAGUUUAUAGCUGAAGUGAUGUUUUCAAGUUAAAGUUUUGUGCUGUUAUUUUUCUUAAAUGUGGAAUUACAUGAAGACGUUAAAACUACUCACGUGGCUAUAUUUUAGCCAGUGAUUCCAAAGGUUGUAUUGUACCAAUAUGUAUUUUUUUUUUAUUUGAUAGUAUUGUGCAUGGGGGCCACAUGUGCUUUUGUGUAUUUGCUGAUGGUUUUAAUAUAAACACUAUAUGGCAGUGUCUUCCCACCAUGGGUUCAGGGAAAGUUUUAUGGAGGGGCUCAGGACACUAAUACACCAGGUAGAAUACAAAGUCACUUGGUAACUGGCUUGGAAACUGGAUGAGGUCAUAACUGAUUCUUAUAGACACAUUGAGCUGAAUUGGUGUUGACAUGUGCUUUGGGCUUUUAUGUUAGCUCCUUUCAAAGGUUUGCAAGGGAGUCCAGACUGGUGUAUCUGAUGUAACUCAAUAGAACACCAACCUCAAGAAAAUGGCUCACUCCAGGGGUCUUGUAGGUAUGAACUUCAAGGAAGCUCUAGUUUCACAAGGGCCCCAAUUCCUAACACAUGGUUCAUGCCAUGGACAGAAAAAAGCAGCAGGUGGCAGAACGGGGUGAUGAAAGUUUCUAAAAACUAACACUGUUGGUGUUUUUUAACUCAUUAUUUUCCAUGAAAAUGCAACAACAUGUAUAAUAUUUUUAAUUAAAUAAAAAUCUGUGGUGGUCA